AUCCACUGGGAUUUUGACAUGUUCAUCAGGAAUCGAGUGGACACGUCGCCCAGCCCUGUGGACUGGCACACCAUGUGCAAACAUCUGUUUGGUUUCGUUGGAUUCAUGCUGCUGAUGUUCUACCUUGGGGAYAAGUUUCCAUCUUACCAYCCUGUGGUAAGUAUUGCAUUGAGCAAAGCYUCAGUCUUUUGUCUCCGUUGUAAUCGCCGUUGUAACCCCUAAGAUGURARAGACCAGAAGAUAAUAUAAGUAUAUGCUUUCCUGUUSUAUUMAAACCCUUUCCCAUUUUGGUAUCUCAAGACCUUUUUUUACUAUGACAUCUGGAUUUGAAAAGGACUUGUCCAAUAACAGCCUUUGGGUCUACCCCUCAUAUCUGUCCCGUGGACACUAAUAUUGGAUUUUACAGUUGGAGCAACAGAUCUGAUCCCUGAAUACAGUUUAAUGACGGGUGUACACGGAGUCGGAGAUGAUGCUACUGCUGUUAGUGGUUUCAUUUGUUUCCUUGCCCUGCUACCAAUUCAAUAGAGUGAAGACAUGCAUUGGUAACUGAAGCGCAAUUAUCAUAUUCCACUAUAUUUUGCCAUUUCAUUUCCUUAUGAUAGCUUUCUGGUAUUUAUUGAAGACCAUUGAGCACCUCACCCACACUCACCAAACACCUGUUUUUAAAAAGGUCUUCAAAUGUCCUCUUCUGUAGGAAAGGUGAACAGGUACAUCCUGUCUGAUGCCCUCUGUUAGGUCAUCCCUGUUCUCUAUUCCAGGCACCAAAACAAUAUCCUUACAACAACCUGCACCUAGAGAGAGGAGGGGAUCCCGAGAAACAGCCUGAAGAAGUCAAACAUUUUAACAUUUAAAUAUCUGCUUCUCUAAAUGUGUAUAUUUCUGUCUAAUAAAGAGUUAAUAGUGUGACUUCAGUCACAUUCCUGAUCU